CAAAAACAUAUGAUCAUAUACUUUGUUUGGAAAUUGCGGAAAUUGUUUUGAAGUGUUUUUUAUUAAAAAAAAAAACAUAUUAUUUGUUUAAAAUUCUGUGACUGUGUGUGACACACGCAGAACAUUUUUUUCUUUUUCUUUUUAAAAUAAAUUUGAAUUUAAAUAUUAUAGAGAACGCAGAUAGUAAAAUAGAAAAAUACCGCUUAAUGUUUAUUGUUGACAAUGUCAAAGGAAAAUAAAGCCGCUUUAAAGGAAGCACGUGAAUUGUUUAAAGAAAAUAAAUUCACCGACACUAUUAAAUUAUGUAAAAAAAUAUUAAAAGAAGAAAAGACAAAUUAUGGAGCUCUUGUAUUACUCGCGGCAGCAAUGCGAGAUACUGAAAAUCUCAAAUCACAAACUCCUGUACCGCUUAAAAAAGCAACUGAAAUUCAUCCCGAUAAUCCUAUUGCUUGGCAAGGACUCGUUGCAUUUUAUGAAAAAGAAGAAGAUAUUCCUCAAACAUGGUUGGAAUUAAUUCCAGUUUAUUGUAAACUUUUGAAAAUAGAAAGUAAUUCUGGAAAAAUUACACAUUAUUUGAGCAGUUUGGAGAGAAUUUUAUUGCAAUUAAAAGACGAUAAAGUUCUGGGCAAAGCGAUUUCGGAAUUAUGUGAAGCACGUGAAAUAUUUGACGAAGUUGAUUUAAUAAAGCAAAUGGAUUUAACUCUCGUAUCAAUUCUCACGCAAUAUCCAAAGCUUCCCAAUGAGCACGACAUUGUUCUUGAAAGUACUUUGAAUUCAAUAAUUAUGGACGGAGAUGUUUCUAAUAAGCACGAUUAUUACAAGAAAUAUUUGAGAGUUCUUUACAAACUUGAUAAAUUGUCUUUGUUAUUAAUUGAAGCAGCAAAAAUGCACGGGAUUUUCCCCGAGGACAUUUAUCCAUUGGAAUGGAUUUGCCGUGUUUAUUCGGAGCAGAGUAUUACAAAUGGCCAUUGUGAUGGAAUUGAGAUAACUCCUUUUUACGAUGCAUUAUUUGCCCUUCAUGCAGAAUCCGAUCUUGCAUUUUUUGCAAAGGCUGUUUAUCUCUUUAAUAUUAAAAGUCUCAUUGAAUCGAGAACAAUUCUCAACUAUGUCGUUGCUUCUAAAUCAAAAUGGAUUCACUCUUGGGUUCUAUUGAGUGAAAUAAAUGCAAAACUCUGCUGUUGGGAAGAGGCCGAGAGUGCCGCUGUACAUGCUCAGAAAAUUUUACAAGAUAAUAAUCACAGUAAUCUUCAGAGUAGAGUUCAUUUUACAUUAUUUGAGGCUUUAGUUAAAAGUACCAGUAAACACAAGUGGGAGGAGGCUUUACAAAAGUACAAUCAAUUAGUGCCAGAGAAUUCGUUGAAGCGUCAAUUACUUAUUGCUCGAGCUUAUGUGAAUUUACAUGAUUCGAAAGGGCAAAUAUUACUCGACGAAUUGAAAAAUAAUUUAGAAUUGAAAAUCGAAGUUGCAGUUUUGAGAGCAAUUGAUUUAAAAAAUCAUGGUAAUUUGGAAGAGGCCGCCGAUGUUGUUGGUUCUGUUCUAGAAUCACCUGAGGCAUGGUUAACAUUGGGUAAAAUUCAUUGGGAAAUGUCGGAUUUUGGUCAUAGUUUAAUGGCAUUUUUAAAGGGAAUUCACGCCGAUCCUUAUAAUUGGGAAUGUUUCGUUUACUUGGGUAAUUAUUACAUUGAGCAUGGAAAUGAUGUUGAACGAGCUAAAAAAUGUUAUCAAAAGGCAUUACUUAUUAAUCCCGAUUCGGAGCAAGCUGGUAUUGGUUUGAGUACUGCUUACAGGCUUUUACAGUGCAGCGACGAAAAUUUGGAAUUAUUGCAAAAAUUAACAUCACAAGGAAAUGGACCGAAAUGGGCGUGGCUUCAAUUAGGAUUACAAUUACUGGAACGUAAUGAUGUUUCUCAAUCAAUUCAAGCUCUGCGAAGUGCCAUCAAGAUUGAUCCAAGUGACAAUCACUCUUGGGAAUGUUUGGCAGACGCUUAUUUAGCUCGAGGAGCUCACACAUGUGCUUUGAGAUCUUAUCAACGAGCUUUUCAAUUGAAUCCCGAAACUUUUUAUCCUCUUAUUCAACUUGCCAAUAUUAAACUGUUGAUUGGUCAGCAUGACGAAGCGAAGGAAAAUUUCACCAAAGUUUUGAAUGAAAAUAAAGAUAAUUUACCAGCACUUAAGGGUUUAGCUGAGACACAUUUAAGUAUCGCGAAGAAUUAUAUUACGAAUCAACAAUUUGUGAGGGCAAGAGAGAAUAUUCAAGAGGCAGUUAAUUAUUUAGUGGAAGCUGCUAUUGUUAGAAGUGAUUUUUCUUGUAUUUGGAAAUUAUUCGGUGAUGCUUGUUAUAUUGUUGCAGUGAUGCCUGAAAAAUUUAGUUAUCUAAGUGUUGCACCAAAAGUGAUAAAUUUAGAAAGUUCCGAUGACAGUAUAAUAAUUAAAAGAGAGGAAAUAUUUUUAUUAGCCAUAAGAUGUUAUUGUCGUGCUUUACAUUUAUCGAAAGAAUCUCCUCUACUUUGGCACGAUUUGGCCCGUUGUUAUCUCGCACAAUUUUCUUUAAAUCCAUCAAUUGAUACGAAAACUGUUGCUAAAAAAAGUCUCGAGGCAGCGAAACAAGCAAUUAGACUUUCGCCAUCGACUUGGAUUCAUUGGAAUCUUCUCGGAGUGAUUUGUAUGACUGAGGAGAUUAAAAAUUACGCACUAGCUCAACAUUCUUUUGUCGUUGCAAUUGACAAGGAAGCUAAUAACGCAGUUUCCUGGGCAAAUUUGGGAUCAUUGUAUUUACAUUUAGGAGAUUUUUAUAAAGCCAAUGAGGCAUUUUCCUGGGCUCAGAGAGCUGAUCCUGCGUAUGUUAAUAGUUGGAUAGGCCAAGGAAUAAUUGCAGAGAAAUUAGCGAGGAAGGAAGCAAUGGAUUUAUUUAGACACGCGACACAACUUGGUUAUCAUAAUCAAGGUUCUAUUAGUUAUUGUCAUUGGGUGUUGACAACACUUUUAGAUCCUGAAGCGAAAAAAGACGAUCUGUAUGUUUACAGUAUUGAAAAUAUGCACGCUAUUUCGGUCGCAUUGGAUGAAAUUGCUCGUUAUUUAAAUCAUUUUCCAAAUGAUGCGUACGCUCGUAAUGCUAAUGGUCUUCUUUUGGAGCGAAAAAAACUUUAUCGCUCGGCAAUUGAUCAGUUUUCAGCUUCAUUGGAAUGCGUUAGCAACGAUUCAGAGAAAGAUGCUGCGCUCGUGAAUUUAUCUCGAAUAAUGAUUCAAGUUGGAAAUUAUAUUGACUCCAUUGAAGUCAAUCAAAAAAUUAAGACACCUAAUUUCAAGUCGCAUUGUCUAUUAGCGCUGGCACUGUUCAAAGCUGAACGUUACGAGGAAUCGUAUUCCUCUUACGAGGUGGUUCUCCAAUGGUUUGCAAAAAGUGGAUCUGAUAAGGCGAAUAUUUUGUGUGCGAUGGCAGCAAUGGCUAGCAUGUUCCAAGGAAUUGACGAUGUGAAAACACUUCUGUUUCAAUGUAUAGAAAUUCAACCACCAAUUGUUUCUGGUCUACUCGCCGCUGCUGCAUUGGGAUUGCUUCAUAAUGAUUUAAAUUUAACUGCCUUGGUUUUAAAUGAACUUAAAGUUUACGAGGAUCAUGAAGAUUAUAGACAUCAUAUCGCUUUGCUUUCUGCCUAUUUUUGCCUCAUUCAAAAUGAUAUUGUUGACGCAAUUCGAGUCGUUUCUAAAUUCGUUCAUAAACAUCCAGGUGACGAGAGACUUUGGAUCACAUUGGCGAGAUUUUUGCUUGAAGUUGAUACAAGGGCAUUUAGAAAUUGUGCUCAAAAGGGAUUAAUUUUAGGCAGAAGGGCCACCUCUCAGCAAACUGCUCAAAUUGCAUGUCUCAAAGCACUCAGCGAUCUCAUUGAUUCUCGUGGAAGAGAUGGAAUAAAAUCUGUUUUACAAGCAAUUCAUUCAUUCCCGGCGAACGUUGAAAGCUGGUCUAUUCUACUUGCUGCUUUAUUACCACGAUGUGCGAGUAAAGAUUCAAAACCAAGUGCUCAUUGGCUAACAGUAUUUUCUUCUGUUAUAAGAAAAAGUCUAUCAAAUGCAAAAAACUCGUCCAAAUGGCUCUUGCAAAAUGAAGAGAAAGCAAGUUUAGUCGCCGAUAAUGUUGCAAAAACUUAUAUUUAGUUAUAUAAAAGUAAAAAAAAAAAUAAAAUGUUUUUAAAAAAACACAAAAAAAAAAUUGUUAAAAUCUAUAAAUUAAAUUUGUAUCUUUUUUUUCAAAAAUAAACAAUAAAUUAAUUAAAAA